AUGCGAGCGGCAACGGCACUCGGUGCCACGAUGACGGCGGAGGAGGAGUGCCGCUGCGUUUUCGGCGGCGGCGGACGCUCCGUCGUCCGGAAGCUCCGCGCGAUCUGGAAUGCUGCGAUGGUGAUGCUCGGGUUGGCCCGGAUCGUGGUCUUGGUCAGGAUCGCCCUCGUCCUCCGGGACAUCAAGGCGGCUCGGGGGCCGCCUGGAGCCUCGGGGGCCGAUCCUGCCGUUGGCGGCGGUGUGAGAGGAUGUGGUUAA